AUGGAGGAGAGAAUGCGGUCAAGGAGGCAGACGAGCCUGGGGAGCAUUGGCCGGAGCUUGAGCCGGGGGAUGGAGGAGGUGUUUUCCGGCGGAGGCGGCGGAGGCGGGACACCUCAGCGGCGGAGCGCUCGGGGGGAGGAGGACGAGGAGGCCCUGAGGUGGGCGGCGCUGGAGAAACUGCCGACUUACGACCGGCUGAGGAAGACUGUGCUCAAGUCGUUCAUGGAGACUCCGACAAACGGGAGCCUGAAGGUCGUCCACCGGGAAGUCGACGUGAGAAAGCUGGACAUAAACGACCGGCAGGAGUUCAUCGACCGCUUUUUUAAGGUGGCCGAGGAGGACAAUGAGAAGUUUCUUAUCAAGCUUAGGGACCGUAUUGAUAAAGUUGGGAUUGAACUUCCGACAGUCGAAGUGAGAUUCGAGAACCUGACUAUUGAAGCUGAUUGCUUUGUCGGGGACAGAGCACUACCAACCCUUCCAAACGCGGCCCGUAACUUAGCCGAGACAGCAUUGGGUUGUUUUGGAGUUAGGAUGGCUCAAAAGACUAAGCUCACUAUACUAAAGGAUGCAUCGGGCAUCAUAAAGCCCUCUAGGAUGACACUAUUGUUAGGACCACCGUCCUCCGGUAAAACAACCCUCUUGUUGGCUCUGGCGGGAAAAUUAGACCCUACUUUAAAGAAAAGCGGGGAAAUUACGUAUAAUGGGCAUUUGCUUAAUGAAUUUGUGCCUCAAAAAACUUCAGCAUAUAUAAGCCAAAAUGACGUUCAUGUUGGUGAAAUGACUGUGAAAGAAACUCUGGAUUUUUCAGCUAGGUGCCAAGGGGUUGGAUCACGUUACGACCUUUUGAGUGAGCUUGCAAGAAGAGAAAGAGCAGCUGGAAUUUUUCCUGAGGCAGAAGUUGAUCUUUUCAUGAAGGCAACUGCUAUGCAGGGUGUGGAGAGCAGCCUUAUUACAGAUUACACUUUGAGGAUAUUGGGACUUGAUGUGUGUAGAGACACCAUUGUUGGUGAUGAAAUGAUAAGAGGCAUUUCAGGAGGUCAAAAAAAGCGUGUAACUACAGGAGAGAUGAUUGUGGGCCCCACAAAGACGCUUUUCAUGGACGAGAUAUCGACCGGCCUCGACAGCUCCACCACGUUCCAGAUCGUCAAGUGCUUGCAGCAGAUCGUCCACCUCACCGAGGCCACCGUAUUCAUGUCCCUCCUCCAACCCGCACCCGAGACCUUUGACCUAUUCGAUGACGUCAUCUUGUUGUCCGAAGGCCAGAUCGUGUAUCAGGGCCCACGCCAGCAUGUGGUCGAGUUCUUCCAAACCUGCGGCUUCACGUGCCCCGAGAGGAAAGGAACUGCUGAUUUCUUGCAAGAGGUAACCUCAAGAAAGGAUCAAGAGCAAUACUGGGCCGACCGGUCCAAACCUUACCGUUACAUACCGGUCUCGGAAUUUGCUCAGAGGUUCAAGCGCUUUCACGUCGGCCUACGUCUCGAAAACGAGCUCUCCGUACCUUACGAUAAGGACAGGUCUCACAAGGCGGCUCUGGUCUUCAAAAAAUACUCUGUACCCAAACGGGAGCUUCUCAAGGCCAAUUUCGACAAAGAGUGGCUCCUCAUAAAGAGAAACUCGUUCGUCUAUGUUUUCAAAACCGUGCAGAUUUUCAUAGUCGCCAUUAUCACGUCGACUCUGUUCUUGCGAACCAACAUGCACACGAGAAAUGAACAGGAUGGAGCCGUUUAUAUUGGCGCGCUUCUGUUUAGUAUGAUAUGCAACACUUUUAACGGGUUUGCCGAGCUUUCGCUCACGAUACAGAGGCUUCCGGUUUUUUACAAGCAUAGGGACCUUAUGUUUCAUCCGGCUUGGGCUUUCACGCUGCCGACUUUUCUGUUGAGGAUUCCGAUUUCGGUUUUUGAGGCGGUUGUGUGGAUGGUAACCACUUAUUAUACUAUUGGAUUCGCGCCUGAGCCCAACAGGUUCUUCAAGCAAUUCCUGCUGAUAUUCGUCAUCCAGCAAAUGGCGGCAGGGAUAUUCAGGCUGAUAGCCGGAAUAUGCAGGACAAUGAUCAUUGCUAACACCGGUGGCGCGUUAACUCUUUUGCUCGUGUUCCUUUUGGGCGGUUUUAUUCUUCCGAAAAACCAAAUUCCGGACUGGUGGGGUUGGGGCUACUGGCUCUCACCUCUGACCUAUGCAUACAACGCCAUUGCAGUCAACGAAAUGUUCGCUACGAGAUGGAUGAACAAAUUGGCCUCGGACAACAGAACUAGAUUGGGAGUGGCCAUUUUGAACAACUUUAAUAUCUUCCCACAGAGUAACUGGUACUGGAUAGGGGUUGGUGCCCUUGUCGGGUUCACGCUACUGUUCAACGUUCUUUUCACUUUCGCCCUCAUGUAUCUUAACCCUCUUGGAAAGCCACAAGCCAUAAUAUCGAAAGAGCAAGCAAGGGAGAUGGAAACCAACCAAAACGACAACGCAGAUGCUUCCCCGAGACUCAGAACAACAAACCCGAGACAAGAUUCCUUCCGCAGAUCCUUGUCCAACGAUGACGGGAACAACACAACGGAGAUGACCAUCCAACGUAUGAGCAGCCUUUCAAGUGUCUACGGACUGAGCCGAAGUCAAAACUCGAGCCUCGGGACCGUGAGAGGAAAUGCACCCAAGAGGGGAAUGGUUUUGCCUUUCACGCCUUUGUCCAUGUCCUUUGAUAAUGUCAACUACUAUGUCGACAUGCCACCGGAAAUGAAGGAACAAGGAGUGACAGAGGAGAGGCUUCAACUUCUUCGUGAGGUGACGAGCGCAUUCAGGCCCGGAGUCCUAACGGCAUUGAUGGGGGUGAGUGGGGCCGGCAAGACCACACUGAUGGACGUUUUGGCGGGAAGAAAAACCGGAGGCUAUAUCGAGGGCGAUAUCCGAAUAUCCGGCUUCCCCAAAAAUCAAGAGACUUUUGCCAGAAUCUCCGGGUAUUGUGAACAAAACGAUAUCCACUCGCCUCAGGUGACUGUACGAGAAUCUCUGAUUUACUCCGCGUGCCUCCGCCUUCCGGAGGAAGUCAACAAGGAACAAAAGAUGGCUUUUGUGGAUGAGGUGAUGGAGUUAGUGGAACUUGAUAAUCUCAAGGAUGCCAUUGUCGGGAUACCAGGAGUCACGGGAUUGUCGACUGAGCAGAGGAAGAGACUGACCAUAGCUGUGGAGCUCGUUGCAAAUCCUUCGAUAAUAUUCAUGGACGAGCCGACUUCGGGUCUCGAUGCGCGUGCGGCUGCUAUAGUAAUGAGGACUGUGAGGAACACGGUGGAUACAGGCAGGACUGUGGUCUGCACCAUUCAUCAGCCGAGCAUCGACAUUUUUGAAUCUUUUGAUGAGUUGCUUCUGAUGAAAAGGGGAGGACAAGUGAUUUAUGCGGGACCUUUGGGCCGGCACUCGCAGAAGAUCAUCGAGUACUUUGAGGCGAUUCCUGGUGUUCCAAGAAUCAAAGACAAGUAUAAUCCGGCCACAUGGAUGCUUGAAGCUAGCUCGAUGGCCAUGGAAGCUAAACUCGGGAUUGAUUUUGCCGAACACUACAAAUCAACAGCCUUAUACGAGCGAAACAGCGCUUUAGUGAAAGAACUGAGUAUACCGGUUCCAGGGGCGAAAGACUUGUACUUCAACACUCAAUACUCACAAUCCACUUGGGGACAAUUUAAGUACUGCCUCUGGAAACAAUGGUGGACUUAUUGGAGGAGCCCCGAUUAUAAUCUCGUCAGAUAUUUCUUCACUUUGGCUUGCGCGCUCCUUGUCGGGACAAUCUUCUGGCGAGUCGGCACCCAAAAGAACACGGACACGGAUCUUUUGACGAUCAUAGGCGCCAUGUAUACUUCUGUACUGUUUGUCGGGAUAAAUAAUUGUUCGACGGUUCAACCCAUUGUAGCCAUCGAACGAACUGUGUUCUAUAGAGAAAGGGCUGCCGGAAUGUACUCUGCUCUACCCUAUGCCAUUGCACAGGUCAUUGUAGAAAUACCGUAUGUGCUCAUCCAGACGACGUACUAUACCAUAAUCGUGUAUGCCAUGGUGAGCUUCGAGUGGACGGCAGCUAAAUUUUUCUGGUUCUAUUUCGUCACCUUUUUCUCGUUCCUCUACUUCACGUAUUACGGGAUGAUGACUGUGUCCAUCACACCGAACCACCAAGUUGCCGCCAUUUUUGCAGCCGCUUUUUACGCGCUCUUCAAUCUGUUUUCCGGCUUCUUCAUCCCCAGGCCCAAAAUCCCCAAGUGGUGGGUAUGGUAUUACUGGAUUUGCCCGGUGGCAUGGACAGUCUACGGACUAAUCAUCGGACAAUAUGGCGAUGUCCAAACGACAAUCAGUGUGGCUGGGAUGAACACACAACCGACCAUCAAAUCGUACAUUCAAAGCCAUUUUGGGUACGAUCCCGACUUCAAAGGCCCGGUUGCGGCCGUGCUUGUCGGCUUUGCGGUUUUUUUCGCCUUCAUGUACGCCUAUUGCAUCAAGACCUUAAAUUUCCAAAUGAGGUAA